AGGCGGAGGCGCGCCCAAGAUGGCGGCCUCCAUGUGCGACGUGUUCUCCUUCUGCGUGGGCGUGUCGGGUCGGGCUCCGGUCGCCGUGGAAGUCCGAUUCGUAAGCAGCGCUAAGGGAAAGGGCCUAUUUGCCACACAGCUGAUCCGGAAAGGGGAGACCAUCUUUGUAGAACAGCCCCUGGUGGCUGCACAGUUUCUCUGGAAUGCACUUUAUCGCUACCGAGCCUGUGACCACUGCCUUCGGGCACUGGAGAAGGCAGAGGAGAAUGCCCAGAGGCUGACUGGAAAACCGGGCCAGGUUCUGCCUCACCCUGAGCUGUGUGCCGUGCGCAAGGACCUCCACCAGCACUGUCCCCACUGCCAGGUGAUGUACUGCAGUGCGGAGUGUCGGCUGGCGGCCGCCGAGCAGUACCAUCAGGUCCUGUGCCCAGGGCCCUCCCAGGACGACCCCCUGCAUCCUCUCAAUAAGCUACAGGAGGCCUGGAGGAGUGUUCACUACCCCCCCGAGACUGCAAGCAUCAUGUUGAUGGCGCGGAUGGUGGCCACAGUGAAGCAGGCGAAGGAUAAAGAUCGUUGGAUCAGGCUCUUUUCCCAGUUCUGUAAUAAAACAGCCAAUGAGGAGGAGGAGAUUGUCCACAAACUCCUGGGGGACAAAUUCAAGGGCCAGCUGGAACUUCUGCGGAGACUCUUCACAGAGGCCCUUUAUGAGGAGGCGCUCAGCCAGUGGUUCACACCAGAUGGAUUCCGGUCUCUCUUUGCUCUUGUUGGGACCAAUGGCCAAGGAAUUGGGACCAGCUCCCUGAGCCAGUGGGUCCAUGCCUGUGACGCUCUGGAGUUGAAGCCUCAGGACCGAGAGCAGCUGGACGCCUUCAUUGACCAGCUGUACAAGGACAUCGAGGCAGCAACUGGAGAGUUUCUUAACUGUGAAGGAUCUGGCCUCUUUGUGCUUCAGAGCUGCUGUAACCACAGCUGUGUCCCCAAUGCAGAGACCUCCUUCCCAGAAAACAACUUCCUUUUGCAUGUCACGGCCUUGGAGGAUAUCAAGCCAGGAGAGGAAAUCUGUAUCAGCUACUUAGACUGCUGUCAGCGGGAGCGCAGCCGCCACAGCCGCCACAAGAUCCUCAGGGAGAACUAUCUGUUUGUCUGUUCCUGCCCCAAAUGCCUGGCAGAGGCCGAUGAACCCAACGUGACCUCGGAGGAGGAGGAGGAUGAAGAGGAGGAAGGAGAGCCAGAGGAUGCAGAGCUGGGGGAUGAGAUGACCGAUGUGUGAUGUCACCCUGCCUGGAAGGGGCCUGCCCCAGACCCUGCAGGAAAAGGGGGACUUCCCCCAGAGAGGAGGCUUGGAAGGAACUCCCCCACUCCCAUUGCCUGCUUCCCCCACUCCAUUCCAGCUCUGUUUCUGCCAGAGAGUAGUACAGAAGCUGGACCUUAGGCACGCCACCCCCCACUAGACCUCAUGCCCUGGACACUGCUGCUGAGUGGCUCAGGCUCUGCGUGGUCACUGAGCCUCUCAGUGCUGCCCCCUCAAAACACACACACACUGAGGUAUCCACUCCAGUCGGCGAGCAACUCCAACAGAGGUCAGAAACAGUGUUUCUUCCACUUGGCCCCAUGGCCAUGCUUCCCUGUCCACCUGAGGCUUCACCUAUUUCUACCUACUACAGACGGGGGUAACAAGAGAUCGGCCUGACGGCACUGAAGAAGAAAGGGGAGGGGUGAGAUGCCUUCACCUUCUUCCCCACUCCCACCUUUGUGGCUGCUAAGGCAACUGCCUCCUGCUGGCACAGCUAGGAGAGGCAGGAAGGAGCAACAGGGCCUCCAGAGCACCUUCCCUAAGGCUCUGUGCUGGGGACACUGAACCAGGGGGAUACCUUCCUCUCCCCACCCCCACUAUUUGGACAUCCAGGGGAGUGGAGAGUAUAACCCCUUCCCCAGAUUCCAGAAUCUCUGUACCUUGUGCCUUGCCUCUCAGGCCCUGGCACAGUAGCUGGCCACGUGGGGUGUGUAAGAGGCCUCUGCCUCUCUCAAGAGGGGCAUGUGGGGAGA